GCGAUUCGGGCAUCGGAGGACCCCAUCUUGGUUUUCAGCCGAGAAACAGCGUCUAGCUGGGUUGGCUAUGUGCAGAGACUCUUCGAGGACGGGACUUUCAGUUUAGCCCCGGAUCAAUUCGCGCAGGUUUUCGUCAUUUUGGCUGACCGUGGAGGGUAUGCAAUUCCGCUCUGCUACGCCCUCCUUCCAAACAAAUCGGAAAACUCGUACCGCCGCAUGAUCGAUCUCGUCAUGGGAGCCUUCCCGUCGCUGAACCCAGCUUCGAUCGCCAUGGAUUUCGAGAUGGCUGUCAUCAACGCUUUCAUCGCGGCUUUCCCGAAUGCCGAAAUUCACGGUUGCUUAUUCCUAUUUGUUCAAAAGUGUGGUUUUCGAGGUCUUUUGGUCUUGUAUAACUGUGACAUCUUGGAGGCGAUGGCGCUUUCGCUCCAAUGCUACGUUCACUCUGAUCGACUGGAUUUAGCCACAAAUGAAAUGAAGCGAAUGGUGGCGAAGGACGAAGAUGCAUCACUGACCCAGUUGUGCUCGGGCUUGCUGUAUUUAGCUCUAGGCGGCGAUAAUCUCGAGGAGGCAUUUUACAUAUUCACGGAAAUGGCAGAGAAGAAUACCAAAACUCCACUUUUGUCCGUUGGUCUCGCUAGUGUUCUAAUCGCUCAAGGAAAAUUCGAAGAAGCUGACUCUGUCCUGGCUGAAUCAUUGGAGAAGGAUCCGAAUCAUCUCGAGACGGUCAUCAAUCAAGUUGUCGUUUCUCAGUUCCUCGGAAAGAGCUCCGAGGUUUGCACCAGACUCCUGUCGCAGCUGAAAAACUCCAAUCAGAGUCAUCCUUUCAUCCUCGAUCACCAAUUGAAGGAGCAACUAUUCCAAACAUUAUGUCGGUCAUUUGCGAAUUGA